AUGAAAGCGCCGUUGAAACGGUCUCCGCUACUGUUAGGCGCCCGAUAUUCGCUAGAAAUUCGACGAGCGCUUGCUGCUUUUGAUUCGGAGGAAGAAAAGGAGGAGGAACUUACAGCAGGAUUAGGUGCUUUGGACAUACGGGCAUAUAAUAUGCACCCUGAUGUGGGCAAUUUCCUUAGCGGAGAUAAUAAUACGGAAGAAAUUCCUCACUGUGGAGAUGCUGGAACAUUUAUAUUAGGUGCUGAGAAUAAACCAAAGAAAAUUGAAUAUCUUUCUUUUACCCCAGACAGUUUGAAUCAUAUCGGUCGGCAAACUGUUGCAGAGCUUCGAGAAAAGUACACGCAAACCGGCGAAAACUAUAAUCUCGCUUUUAAAAUGCUCAAUAGUGAUACGAAACUGGUCAAAACAGUAUUGCAUAGUCACGGAUUUACACAGUGUUCUCGCAAGAAUCCUUCGUUCAACAUUCUUUGGUGUGGAUCUUCAGUAAGAGCGACGCACAUGCGUACUAUUCAGCCUUGGCAGCGCAUCAACCAAUUCCCUCGUUCAACUGAACUUACCCGUAAGGACAAGCUCUAUGAUAAUCUAGCUCGAUCAGCUUCCAUAUUUGGUGAUGCGUACAGUUUUGUUCCUGAGUAUUUUGUGACUCCUCGGGAUGUUUCUUUACUUGAGACAGCUAUGGAGCAAUCAAUGUCCGACUUGACUUAUAUUGUCAAACCUGUAAGUUCGUCUCAAGGAAAGGGAAUCUUUUUUGCUAGCAAGACCCGGGAAAUUCCACAAAGCGAACCUUUAUUGGUUUCUCGAUACAUAGAGAACCCAUUGCUAAUUGAUGGACAUAAAUUUGAUCUCCGUAUAUAUGUAGCCGUAACUUCUUUCUAUCCACUUGUUGCUUAUGUCUACUCUGAGGGACUUACUAGGGUUGCAUCAGAGAAGUACUGUAGUGAAACAGACACUCAGGAUGCGUUCGUACAUUUAACGAACUAUUCAAUUAACAAGAAUAAUUCCCAUUUUGUUCGGAAUGAGAGUAUGGCUUGUGAAGAUUUUGGGCAUAAGUGGACAUUAGGAGCACUUUUGCGUCAUUUGGAGAAGAAGGGCAUUGAUGCCAAAAUGGUGAUGCUUCGAAUAGAAGAUAUCGUUGUGAAAAGCUUACUUUCCGUACAAAAUCGUAUCACAUCAGCAUGUCGCACCACGACUCCACACGUGGGAACAAAUUUUGAGCUGUUUGGAUUUGAUAUUCUUGUUGAUGACGACCUCAAGCCAUGGCUAUUGGAAGUUAUACUACGUUCACUGCUAUCUAGUGAUGCACCUUUGGAUUCUCUUGUGAAGAGUCGACUAAUAUGUGAUUUGUUCAAUCUGGCGUGUGUGCCGUUAGUGAAUAGGAAACUAGCUGGCAUACAAUUGAUUCGCCCAAGCAAAGAGGAAGAGUAUGAAUCCGACUACGUUGAGCCGGAGCCUGAAAAGACAAAAAAGAACAGCCCAUCGAAAAGAAAUUUUAAUGCAAAGCGUCGAAGGAUCGCUCGCUUAGCGUUCGCCCCAUCCCCUUAUGCUCCCGAUCCAAGUAUGCGGGCGAUUUGUAGGCGAACUAGGACAGAAAUGUCUAGACGAGGCGGAUUUGUGCGAAUCUUUCCAAGAGAGCACUCGUUGCAGCUUUAUAGAUGUGUUAUGGAGCGGAUUGGCUCAGAGAACCGUGAUGAACGUUUGUACUAUAAAGAAUUUGGAGUUGAAGAAGACGAGGAUAAUGAAGAAGAUGAGAAUAGCCUGUCAACGUUGUUCCAUGAUGCGAUGAUGAAUACAGGAAUGGACUAUGGAUUGCAGUAUCCUUCUCUGGAGUCUAUGCCACAGCAACUGCAACAAGUAUUACACGGUUGGCACAACGAAGCAUCUGCGUAUACUCAGCGAAUAACUAAGGAAGGCCAGAAAUAUGCAGUGCGUAAGUUCGUCUUUGUAGCAAAGUUACCAGUCGUUCGACCUUCUGCUCGUCUGCGCACGAAAAGCUGCUCGGAAUGGUAUGAGGUAAAGAAAGCCAUGCUGGCCGAAGCAAAACUUAAACUUCAACAAGAGCAGGAGGAAGGAAAGGAUAGAAAACAAAGAAAAUGCAAAACCGACACCAGUGAAUGUAUCGUAGUCGACCAUGAGCUUAUUCUAGGAUUGUAUUGA